CUAGUUCCCCCUCUUUCCAUUUCUGGAUGCUUCUGAUGUCAGUGGUUUCCCCGCCUUCGGGUUCCCUGCCCCCCGCUUUCGGUCACAGCCUCUUUUCUCCCAUUUUCCCGGCUCUCUGGGGAGCCCAGAGUAAUCCGUCGGGCUUGGGGAAACGCAGCUGGUCCCAAAGAUUCAGGAAGCCUGGGAGAUUGACAGCUGGUCCAGGUGACUAAACCCACCUUCAAAUCCUGUGGGCCAUCCAGAAGAUUCCCUGUCUGAUCACAAACCUGAGGGGAGAGACAUCUACAAGUCCCAAGUUGGGGACCAGAGCACACCAACCAGUCUCACAGUUGGGAAAGCAGCCAGCUGGCUCCCCCAUCCGUUCCAGGGACACUUAAGGAAGAGCCGGUCUCCCCUGCUGGCCCAAGGCUGAGGAUCACCUCUGCUGACCCACAGCCUCCUCCCCAGCCCUGGCCCUAGCUGGGUCAGUCAUGCCAUGCUGAGCAGGAGGGUGGGCCUGGGGCAGCCUGACUGACUACAGGGCGAGGAUCGUGGGCAUCAUGGGGGUGCAUGUAAGUGGGGCUCCUGGGUGAGACCUAGCCCCCGCCCCCAGAGUUCAAAGGGGGUGGGGGGUUGAGGCUAGGAUGGCUCGGGGUGGGGUAGGGGCAGAGGAGGCCUCACUGCGCUCCAGUGCGUUGUCCUGGCUGGCUUGUGGGCUCCUGGCACUGCUGGCCAACGCCUGGAUCAUCCUUAGCAUCUCGGCUAAACAGCAGAAGCACAAGCCACUGGAGCUGCUGCUCUGCUUCCUGGCGGGCACACACAUCCUCAUGGCGGCUGUGCCCCUUACCACGUUUGCUGUGGUGCAGCUGCGGCGCCAGGCUUCCUCUGACUACGACUGGAACGAAAGUAUCUGCAAGGUCUUUGUGUCUACCUAUUACACGCUGGCUCUGGCCACCUGCUUCACAGUCGCCUCACUCUCCUACCAUCGCAUGUGGAUGGUGCGCUGGCCUGUCAACUACCGCCUCAGCAAUGCCAAGAAGCAGGCCCUGCAUGCUGUCAUGGGCAUCUGGAUGGUCAGCUUCAUCCUCUCCACGCUGCCUUCCAUUGGCUGGCACAACAAUGGAGAGCGCUACUAUGCCCGCGGCUGCCAGUUCAUAGUCUCCAAGAUUGGCCUUGGCUUUGGCGUCUGCUUCAGCCUCCUGCUACUUGGGGGCAUUGUCAUGGGGCUGGUCUGUGUGGCCAUCACUUUCUACCAGACAUUGUGGGCCCGGCCCCGGAGGGCUCGGCAGGCCCGGAGAGCGGGGGGCAAUGGCAGGGCCAAGGCAGGAGGGCCAGGGGGCUUUGGUACCCAUCCAGCUUUUGAGGUGCCAGCUAUUGUGGUGGAGGACACCCGAGGGAAGCGGCGGUCCUCACUGGAUGGCUCCGAGUCUGCCAAGACAUCACUGCAGGUCACCAACUUGGUCAGCGCCAUCGUCUUUCUCUAUGACUCACUCACAGGGGUGCCCAUCUUGGUGGUGAGCUUCUUCUCCCUGAAGUCUGAUUCAGCUCCCCCGUGGAUGGUGCUGGCCGUCCUGUGGUGCUCCAUGGCACAGACACUGCUGCUGCCCUCCUUCAUCUGGUCCUGUGAACGCUACCGUGCCGAUGUGCGCACAGUGUGGGAACAGUGCGUGGCUAUCAUGUCUGAGGAGGACGGCAAUGACGAUGGGGGCUGUGAUGACUACACAGAUAGCCGAGUCUGCAAAGUUCGAUUUGAUGCGAAUGGGGCCACAGGGCCGGGGGGCAGGGACCCCACCCAGGUGAAGCUACUGCCUGGUCGGCACAUGCUUUUCCCCCCGCUGGAAAGAGUGCACUACUUACAGGUCCCUUUGUCACGCCGUCUGUCCCACGAUGAAACCAACAUCUUCUCUACUCCUCGAGCACCAGGAUCCUUCCUGCACAAGUGGUCAUCCUCUGACGACAUCCGAGUCCUCCCUUCCCAGAGCUGCGCCCUUGAGGCCCCUCCUGAGUACCUGGGACAGAGACAUCGCCUGGAGGACCAGGAGGAUGAAGAGGCUGAAGGUGGGGGGCUGGCUAGCCUUCGCCAGUUCCUGGAAAGUGGGGUUCUGGGGUCAGGUGGGGGACCCCCACGGGGUCCUGGCUUUUUCCGGGAGGAGAUCACCACCUUCAUCGAUGAGACGCCUCUGCCUUCUCCAGCAGCCUCUCCGGGACCCUCUCCUCGAAGACCCAGGCCACUGGGUCUCUCACCACGCCGACUCUCCCUGGGGUCCCCUGACAGCAGAGCUGUUGGACUUCCUCUGGGGCUAAGUGCAGGGCGACGCUGUUCCCUGACAGGGAGUGAAGGCAGUGCAAGGGCCUGGGGGAGACCCUGGGGCCCAGGGAAUCCCAUCUUCCCCCAGCUGACCCUGUGAGCCCAGGUAGGCCCACUGAACUCCAAGGAAAGUGCCAGGUGAGGACAUUUGCAUUGGGGCUGAGCAUAGAGCCACUGCCCCCAGACUGGGGGAGAUGGGUAACUAGAUCUGGGGCUGAGGAGGCCCUGUUCUUUACCAUCCAAGUGACCAGAUCCCCUACUGACCCUCCAUCAUCCCUAGUAAAAUGUAUUAAAGUCUGAGUGUUGCCAU